CAAAAAGUUGAAAAGCUAUGGCAGUCUCAAAGACAGCAUUGCUCAUUGUUCUUGCCGCAAUCCUUCUCUCAUUUGUGUCGAUGUCAAGUGCAAGGGAGCUUCCACGUCCACAAAAUGUGGAGUGUGUUGGAGGAGAGUGUCCACCAAAGCAUACACAACAAUAUUUUGGGAGUUGCUUUAGCGAUCGAGAUUGCGCAAAUAGUUGUUUCUCAUUUUGUAGAUACCAAACAUGUGUUAACCAUGAAUGUAUUUGCUCGCUAUGCGGCAGCGUGGCUCCAUCAGCUUAA